UACCUAUCAAAGACGGUAAUAACGUUUGGUGUAGAUCAGACAAAAGCAAAGCAAAUGCGUACAGUAAAUACCUUGAAGCUACGUUCACUGCUUUUGGUUGUAGUGGUAGCAACAAUGAUGCUGCAAUAUUAGAAUUUCUUUAUACACCCUGUCAACUAUCUCUACCAAUGAAACAUAUUACGCCCGCCGAAAUACGUUCUGAAAUCGAGAAACUGAACAACAAAAAAUCUCCAGGAUAUGACAAAAUUGAUGUCAGAGUACCUUAGUGCUUACCUAAAACAGGAAUUAUGUUUCCUACACUUAUCUAUAAUUCAAUAUUAAAGGUGGGUUUCCAGCUCUCAAGAAAAGCAAAAACUUCAUAUAAAAAAACGCUUAUGAAAUGAUCAAGAAGUUUUCUGAUGUUAAAUUUUCUUGUGGCAACAUCCAGAUCUCAAGAAAUUCAGUAAGUAUAUUUACUACUCUUAUUUUAUAAAUUGUGGAUAGGCAACACUGGUUUUGCGAAGAAACAUAACAGUUUCUAUAUAUUUCUGACGCAAAUUGAGUGGGUAGAAGAAAAAUGGAUGACUUAACACCUGUUGCAAAGCGGCAAAAGAGGAUAAAAAAUUUCACAGCGGGUGAAAAACGAGAACUAAUUAAAGCAGUGGAAGAAUGGCCCCGAAUAUGGGACAUAACAAACGUUAUGCAUUCAAAUAAAAAUGCUGUGGAGCAGGCCUGGGUGCACAUAAGCAAUUCCGUUGGCAAAACUGUUAAUGAGUGCAAAGCUGGAUGGAUUAGCUUACAGGAGAGCUGUCGCUAUCACGCCAAAGUGGCCCGCAAGUAUAAAAGUGGUAGCGCAGGUGGAGAAACGCUGGAGGAGCCCUUUUUUUCAGACGCGAUUGAUUGGGAUUUUGCUGAAGAAAUGGCAUUUUUACCAAAUACAUCACACAAAAGAACACCAACGUUUGAAGAUUUUGAUUCAGCUUCCCCGAUAAAUAGAGCGAAUGAGGAGGUGUUAAGUGUUCCGCAAUAUGAUUAUAAUCCAACACCCACCACAAGUAGUCGUACGUUUCGCGGAAGCCAAAAUGACGAGGCAUGGAAUCGGUUCAACAACAUUUUAAAGAAGCAAGAAGAUUUGGUAGCAGCAAAGAACAACUCAUCAUAUGCACAAGUUCUUGCUAGUUUUGAGUGGUUGUUGAAUAAACUUCCACGGUCAGUUGGUGAUGAUAUGUGUAUGGAAUUUUACAGUAUGCUGUUACAGAAUGUUAAUGAACUUAAAUCAAAAAAUUAAAAUAAAUAUCUUUUUAUACUCUCGCAACAAUGUUGCUAACGAGAGUAUUAUAGUUUUGUUCACAUAA